AGUACUGUCCGAGGAAAUUGGAUUCGUCUCGGGUGUUUGCCGAAUCCGAGCAAAGGUUGUCGAAACCGUACGUAUAUAGUGUUCAUUGCCCAAGGUGUUCGUGGUUUGCGUCAGUUCGCUAAAGUCUCGAAUUGCAGAACAGAUGUCUGUCUGACGAACCCUAUGAGAAAUGGAGGUCCUCUAUCACCAAUCGCAAAAAUUGGUACUUGACAUUCAAGGUCUUCUGCCUCAUAUUGAGAGAAAUGUCGGGAAAGAUGCUGCCAGCAUUGAGCAGACAAUCCACGCCAAACUUGAAGAAAUCACGAGCAACAUUCAAAGGCUAGAUAUUCUUGUCAACAAGGAGCUCCCUGUUCGAAGAAGAGAAGCCAGAUUCAAGGUUGACCAGUUAAAACAGGAUAGACUCAUGUUACAAAAUGCAAUUCACUUGCUACAACAUAAAAGAAUAUUGAGGGAACAAGAAGAAGCUGCCAGAGAAGAACUGUUAACCCAAACAUUCCAGCCAAAUAACAGAGAGACCUCACUGUACAUCGAUCAUUCUUUGCAACACCAUACAGCUUUAAAUGGAAUUCAUAGGAGUCUGGAUGAUAUUUGGGAAACUGGUACUGCUGUACUUGAUGGUUUACGUACCCAAAAAAGUGUUUUUAAAAAAGCUCAUCGCCGACUUCUUGACGUAACGUCAAUGUUGAGUCUAAGCAACACGGUUAUGAGGAUGAUUGAACGUCGGUCUACUCAAGAUAAAUAUCUGUUCUAUGGCUUGGCGAUAAUUACUUGCAUUUUCAUUCUUGUAGCGUUUUGGUAUUUUCGGCACUGAUGAUUUUGUGGAUUACGAAAUAUUUUAUUUUUUGAGAACUGAGAAUUUUUAAGUACACAAGAAAUUCUAUACAGAA